AAAACACAACAAGAUCCACGAAGAAGAAACCUCCUGCUGUGAUUGGUUAAAACCAUCAUAUAAGAAUAAACUGACGUUUUCAAACUUGAGCGGCGCUUCCAGAGGUCUCCAAGUGAAACCAACAUAGUUGUUAUAUUUUAGUUUUAUUUAACAUUUAUAGCUUUAAGUUUAGUUGGACCGUUUGAAAUAUUUAAAAUAAAACGUGUCUGUUUCAAGGUUGUCCGCCUGCAAAGAUCCUCAGAAAUGGCCCAAAUUAGGUGUUUGAAGUAGAUUUUAUUGCAGAGUUGUUUUGUUUUUAUAGAAUAAGAAUAAAUCCCUACUUUGUUAUAAGAUAAAAGGAAUAUUCCUCCUUCAUGGCCAGUGAGACAGCAAGGCAAACGUCCCUUAUUCAAGAAGAUCCUCCGGCAGAUGAAUGCCGUGAAAAUGUUCCACCUGAAGUUUCUGUGGCUACAACGCUGAAAGUUCAGCCUGAGAAUGAAAUGAGUUCCCCUGUGAGGCUGUGUGAAGGAACCAGACCUGGAUCUAAUAUUAAUACUUUAUCAACACCAACUCUGAGUGGUGGGCAUGGAGGCAAGGCAAGGUCACAGCUAUCUGGGAUACAGUCUGCUGUCACCCCAGUUUUAAAACGCUUAAAUAUCGACAACAAAUGCCCGAACCCUUUAAAACAUGGGAACAGUCCUCACCCAUCAUCUCCUUUUUACCCCGUGGAGGUUUCUACUGCACAUCGAGAAUCAAAAGGAGACUUCUGGAGACAAAUCUGGGCUAAAGAGGCUCCUUUCUCCCUGAUUGAAGAGGAGAGCUUGCCUGAAAUUUCCUCGCUUGAGCUUACCUACUUACACUUAACAGCAAACGAUUCAGUCCUCCCUCAAGGUUCAACUACAACAUUUAGUGAUGAAACCCAUCAAAUUCAAGUGAGUGUUGGAGAAAGUGGUGGAUCUUCUGAGGUACCACAGCUGACCGCCACGACAACGAGCGCAGACCUCCGUACCAAGAGUGCUUCUGCAUUGGCGGGGAUACUAGACACUGAGAUCACUCUUCUUGAUGUUUCGUACAACAAUGAUCUCUCACCGGUUGGUCAGAUUUCGUCUUUGGACAUUAUUCGUGAUAUUCCCGCGUGUCAUUAUUUGAAUGACAGCAACACUUUGCCAGAACCAAGUAGACGGAUUGAGUCACAACCCAGCAGUUCAAACGUGUUUCUAAACAAGGAUGUGUCGAGUACGAGUAUGCAAUCCCCAAAGUGUGCAGCAGAAAGGACUAUCAGAAUGUCCCUGGAAGUAACUCGUGACAUUUCUGUGGGUAGUACCUUGGAAAAUGGCACAUUUUCAUCAGAGACUAGUGGACAGAAAAUGCAAACAUCUCACACAUCAGAUGAGGACAAAGUUGUCCCCCAACCUGCAAAUAUUACUCACGAUAUAAGCGCCUCUAGUGGUAACAGUAGUUCAAAGGAAAUCCCGUCUGAUGUGUGUCUGCAUUCUGGACCCAAAGAGGUCAACAAUCUUGUAGAAACAAAGAAUGAAGAGAACCAGACCUGCUGUGACACCAAGUCAACCAACAAGAUGUCACAGCAAAGUCCAGAACCCGCAGCAUCAGCCAACGACACGUUUACAGUCCCGUCUUCCAACAUGACUGCUUCUUCUGAUUCUAGCACCUCUGCUUCCUGUUCUGGGAAUAAUACGCUAGACCUUCCAACUGUAAACAAUCCAACCGCAGAAUCUGAGACCAAGAAUCAAGCGGAGUCGGUUGCCAAAACAUCCUUUGUUGUAAAUCAAAGCAGCUUUUCUGAAAAGAAAAACUUUGAAAAAUCCUCUCUUCAAAAAAGCAGCGGGGGCUCUACUUUAGAAGCUGCUGCCGUCGGCUUCGAGAACCUCACGUUUGACUGUAAAGCCCCCUCUCAGAGAAAUGGCACGAUCACUCUGUCGGAGAUCAGCUUGACUGAUGGUCAUCACACUUUGGACAAGCCCUCCUUUCCUAAAGUCUGUAAUUUAACCACCAGCCUAAAUCGCAAUGAUUCAGAAGAAACCCCCAAAGAGCUGCCGAGGCACGAGGCCAUGCCGCCGCCAGGGGCGGAGGAAAAACCUGGUGACACUUUGGAAGUCACACCUGCUCUGGAAGGCGUUUCUGGAGAUGAUGGAGGUGACGCCAAACAUCUGUCGCAGUCGGGUCUGCCUGUAAGGGAUGGUUCUUCCGACACGCCAAACAACCAAAGUGUGGACGCCGUGAGCAACAAAACACCCGAGUUCAAUCUGGAUAAAACUCUGGAUUUUAGAGUAGACCUUUUGAUUACUUCAACACCGAUGACCAGCUGUAAAAGUUUUAACGUUGGCUCAAUCAGAGAGGCGGCUCACAAAAAGCUUUAUGAAGCUGGUCCCAGUAAGCCUGCUGACGCGGCGGUAUCGGAUAUCCCACCCAACAUAGUCGGUGACCGAAAAACCUUCAUGAGGCAGCCUGCUGUUGGAACCCUUCGCCCGCCUUCAAGAGUUGCUCCCCAGUCGUCAAUGAGCCGGCGGGGAUCCACCGUCCCUGGACGCCUGGAGAAGAUGUCGGCCGGCCUGCCUCUGAAGCAUUCCAGAAUCCAAGAGGCUGCUGGGAAACCCUCUGCUGCUAUGGAGGAGCCUCGGAGGAACGCUGGGACUUCAGGAUCAUACAACCUGAAGUCUUUAACAGCAGCUUCCAGGAAGCUUCCUCCUGACCUGCAGAGACCUCCAUCUAGCACCAUCCCACGACUGACAACAGGACAGCGAUUACCAACGGCCAGAACACACAUGCUAGCAUCCUCAGGACCUGCAGUUCCCAAUCCUGUGGUGAAGCAGCCACAGGGAAAGAAGCACCCAUUUCCAAAGGGAGAAGCUUUGCCCGUGUCAAAGAAGAAAAAAACAGAGGCCCCAGCAUCUCCUGGUGAUUCUGCAAGCAAGGUGAAAACCCUAAAGCGGCCUGUCAUUGGUCAGACGUCUGCCCCUACUAAAGUCCAAAGGAAUGAUGCUGAGAUGCCAACAGCAGGAACCUCUGGAACCUCAACAUCAUGUGACAGACCCAGCAAAUUCAGAGCUUUGAAACCACCCGGAGCCAAUCAGAGAGCUCCUUUGGCGACCUCCCAAAGCCACGGUUGUGCCAAAUGUAUGGUCCUCCAAGAGGAACUCAAGCUAAAGUCAGAAGAAGUGCAGAGGCUGAAUGAAGAGCUGCUCAAGUACAGAAAACCAGACGACUGCUGAAAGCUUCAUUAACUGUACAAGAUCUUCUGCAUAUUAAAGCUUGAUUUAUUGAAAUGUUGGAUUUUAAAUGGGGUUCAUGUCAAUGAUGGGUCUUUUAUUGUCAUACGUUUAAAUAAAAUCUUUGGUUUACCAAAAAAUACUCUGUAUGACAUGAAACCAGAAAUGUUUUAUAACAUAUUUGAAAAGUUCUUUAAUAAACGGAGUGCCACACUUUCUAUGCUUUUUUAAUUUGCUUUAGAUUGACUAUAACCUUUUAUCAAUAAACUGUUUCUGCGUGUAUGUAACGUUGAUUCUUCUUGUACUUUUAUUUGCCAGUGCCAACAUCUUUCUGACAUGCCACAUAUUUAACUAACAGAAAUAAAUCUGCUGUGAAAUAUG